GCACUUAUAGGAAAUUGCGUCCAUUUUGGUUGCAAAAAAGGCUCAACAUUCAAUUCCUUCUUCAUGUGAAAAGAGCCAAAAUGGGUUCUGACGGAUAUCGGUUUCGCACGUUCUAUUAACGAAGCAGUCAUUUCUUGCAGACACCAAUAUGCUCGACGAACAGCCAGUGAGUGAACUUGCUAUUUUGUGACACUGAAUAAAACAUUGAUUUCAAUCAUACGACAUUUUAAUCCUUCGUGUCUAGUUAUCUCGCCACGUUUUGUAUCGCUUCUUUGUUUUAUACGACUAUUUUAAGGUUUGUUCUACCCUACUACCUGAAGCAGACAACGGGCUGAAAGAAAGCUUGAAACAAACAGAAGAGUGGAAAGACCACAUUAUUGACAACUCUAUAUCUGACAGAACCGAGCACCCCAUUUUGUAACCACACUGAUGUCUGGGUGUUGACUCAAGCAAAGUGUUUAGGAGGCUGAGGUGCACAAAAAAGAUACUUAAUCAGCAAGCGCCACAGAUACAAGGGAAUCCUGGACAGACACCCUGUGCAGUGACUAGACCCCUCCUGCACACUUUUACCCCAGACUGAAGCCAUGUCAUCUGGUACUGAGACAGUGCACUAUAUCCAUCUGCACAACUCCAGCCAGUCUGUCCUUGAGGCCUUGCGCUCCCAGCGCCAAGAAGGCCUCUUCUGCGAUGUGACUGUGCGCAUCCAUGAUUCCUCACUGCGGGCUCAUGCCUGUGUUCUGGCAGCUGGUAGCCCUUUUUUUCAGGACAAACUACUGCUGGGCCACUCUGAGAUUUCUGUGCCACCUCUGGUGCCAGCCGAAACAGUCAAGCAACUGGUAGACUUUAUGUAUAGCGGGUCAUUAGUGGUGCUGCAGUCCCAGGCUCUCUGCAUCUUGACUGCUGCCAGCAUCUUACAAAUAAAGACUGUCAUUGAUGAGUGCACCCAGAUAAUUUCUCAAAAGAGGGGGAGUGGUGUUACUGGUGCUGGGGGUAUUCUGCCUAAACAGGAGGAGAGGGGGGGCAAAGGUAGGGAGAGGGGUGGUGGAGGGAGUGGUGGUUUCCAGGCCUUUCAUAAUUUUGGAGUAGGUGACUGUGGUUCAGGUAACAUGAACACAAGCAUAAACAACAAUGUCAGUGGGAGUGAGAAUGACACAGGCAACCUGGAACAGUCUAGCCCAGUAGGAUUGAUCCCACUUGGAGGAAUGGGACCCAGCUCUGUGUGUACAUCUGGUGGUUUGAAUUCAGGGAUUGGAUCGGUUUUAUUAAAGCCAGGCAUUAGUUGCACCCAAGAUGUGAGGUACAAGUUACGAGAUCUGCUAGCACAGACUGCCAAUAGUAGCACCAGUCAGCGGGACAGUGGGAAUGUCAGUGUCUGCUGUAACACAAGUGUUACCAGAGAGGAAACCGCUUGUGGGAACCUGACUGACCUAAGUGUUGCCAACUGUGAACCUAUCCCGGGAAUGGAAAGAUACAGUGAGGAGGAGAUGGAUGGAAGAGAAAGGGAGCGUGAUGGAGAUAAGGAACGUGGAGGAGGACACAGCAGAAAACAGAGACAGCCACUCAGGUUACAGGUUCUUGGGGGCGAGCAAGUUGUGGUGAAAGAUGAAGGAGGGGAGGAGACACAGGGAGGGGUUUUUGAAUUGGAGAAAAGAAGUGAGGGAGAGCAAGAGAACACACAGGAAUCCAUGGAAACAUACAGUCAGGAGGGGGUGUUCUAUGAUGAGGGUGCGGUGUAUUCUGAAAGUUUUUGGUCACAGACAGCAACAGAGUCUGAGUACCCGCCAUCCUCUGAGCCUGUGACAUUUAACACCAGAGGAAGAGUAAGCAAGCCAAUGUCUCCACAACCCUCCACGCAAUCAAUCAACAACCAGCUGCUGUUUCAGUAUCCAGUCAGCCAGUCUCAGUCAACACCAUAUUUUGUCAGUGGGCCCAUGGUGAUUGACAGCAUGGGGAGAGCAGAGCCCAACCAACAGGUUCCACCUCCAGCACCAAUGACUCCUGCCCCUCCUACAACCUCUUCCUGUGCAGCAGGCCCUUCCCCCUCCUCCCAGGGAUCUGAGACAUCCUUUGACUGCACUCAUUGUGGGAAGAGUCUACGGUCCAGGAAGAAUUACAGCAAGCACAUGUUCAUACACUCUGGUCAGAAACCCCACCAGUGCAGCAUUUGCUGGCGCUCUUUUUCCCUGAGAGACUACCUCCUGAAGCACAUGGUGGUGCACACAGGAGUGCGGGCCUUCCAGUGUUCAGUGUGUGGUAAACGCUUCACCCAAAAAAGCUCACUCAAUGUUCACAUGCGCACCCACCGGGCCGAGCGCACCUUCUCCUGUGCCGUGUGCCACCGAGCUUUCACCCACCGCACCUUGCUGGAGCGUCACGCCCUGCAGCAUACCAACAUCCUGCCCCCCAAGCCUGGCCAAACUUCUUCCGGAUCCACCACAAUGGGCACCGGCCUCACCACUGCAAACAUAUCUAGCAAUGGUGGCACUACUUAGAUUUUGAUGCGUUUAGAAGAGCAGGAUGAGAGAUAUGCGAAUAAGAUAAGAAAGUCGAUUAAUUGUAUUCGACUUUUAAUCGAAAAUUCACAGGAGCAUGCACACAUCAGACUUUUACCAGAAAUGCUAACUAAAAACACUGGACUACAAGAAGGUCAUGCCUCUUUUAUUAAAUUGAGGAGGGAAAAUUGAACAAAAAAUUAUUUCCUCCAGCACUGAAUGUGACUGAGAUUUUAUCCAAUACUGAAUUACAAUCCAUACAGCUACAUUGUUGGGUACAUUAUUGUUCUAAUAUGUCCUGUUUACACACAUCUCCUAAUUAUUAGAUACUUCAGACAUUUCUGAAGGACAGAUGCUUUUAAAAUAUACAGAAAAUCAUGUAAAUGACGGAGACAGACGUGAGGAGCAAAGGAUGAGGAGGGAAUGACUGCCGGCAGAGGAGAGAAUAAGAAAAGGUAAAGGUUAUUCAUGAGAUUUGAUUUAUAUGCAAAAUUUAGUACAUUAGUCUUUAAUAUAAAACCCAAAGAAACAUGGAAUCUAGCACUGGUUCCAACAGAAGAUGAUCAAUGUAAAAGGUAAUUUAGUACAUACAGUAAGAAUAAGGACCAAGUGUAGUUCAUGUAGUGGGACUGACGUAACAUUAACUGGUUAAAAUCAUAUAUUUGUCCAUAUGUACAUAGUAGUACAAAUGUGUUCUAGGACCACUGUGUCAUAAUGUUACAAGAAAGCUUAAUGCUUAUAAUUUUAAAGCAUGAAUUUAAUUGUCUGUGUUGUACUUUACAUUGUUGGUCAUUUUUGUGAAAUGCAGGGUACUAUCCGCUUGCACCAGUUCUUUUUGUUACUUUCUCCUGACCAUUAUUCUUUGUUACAUAACAUUUCUUGGUCUAGACAUUUUCAGAUCUUGAAAAUAAGCUUUUAAUAUACUCUGAAGUAUCCUUAAAUUUGUAAGAUGUGUGCCAACACUAUUACUUUUUUGUUAUGUAUAGCACUGAAACUAAUAGGUCUUGCUUUUGAAACCUAUUUUGCUUUUUUCCCCUUAUUAGUAAAAAGUUAAAGGGUUAAAAAAUGUUUUUUUUGGGGGGUUUUUUUUUUUAAAUCUGAAAAUGCUUUUAUUCUCCCUUACUUUUAAUAUGGUAAUAAUUUAGCUGUUUUCCUGAGUGUUUGUGCAGGGCUGCCUAAUGGUGGGUAUAUGGAGAUUGUCAAGAUAUGGCCAGUACACGCUGCAUGGGUGAAGGGUUAGAAAAGAGUGGGAAAAAAUUCUUCAUGUUUCACUGUCACUUUUUGAAUCCUACAAAGAAAACACCACUAUUUAUUUUGUUUGUGAUUAAAGUGUGCAUUGAAGGUCUAUAA